GGGAAGUAUGUGCCCAGAGCCAUCUUGGUUGAUCUGGAACCAGGCACUAUGGACUCAGUCCGCUCUGGACCCUUUGGACAGAUCUUCAGACCUGACAACUUUGUCUUUGGACAAAGUGGAGCAGGAAACAACUGGGCCAAAGGUCACUACACCGAGGGGGCAGAGCUGGUGGAUUCAGUUCUGGACGUGGUGAGGAAGGAGGCCGAGAGCUGCGAGUGCUUACAGGGUUUCCAGCUCACACACUCGCUGGGUGGAGGCACCGGCUCCGGCAUGGGCACCCUGCUCAUCAGCAAGAUCAGGGAGGAGUACCCCGACCGCAUCAUGAAUACCUUCAGUGUGGUGCCCUCUCCUAAGGUGUCGGACACGGUGGUGGAGCCGUACAACGCCACGCUGUCAGUCCACCAGCUGGUAGAAAACACAGAUGAGACCUACUGCAUUGACAACGAAGCCCUUUAUGACAUCUGUUUCCGCACUCUCAAACUCACUACACCCACCUAUGGUGACCUCAACCACCUGGUUUCAGCCACCAUGAGUGGCGUGACCACCUGCCUGCGUUUCCCCGGCCAGCUGAACGCCGACCUGAGGAAACUGGCUGUCAACAUGGUGCCCUUCCCUCGUCUCCACUUCUUCAUGCCCGGCUUCGCCCCUCUGACCAGCCGGGGCAGCCCGACCCCAAACAAUGUCAAGCCGGCUGUCUGCGCCAUCCCGCCGCGUGGCCUCAAGAUGGCCGUCACCUUCAUCGGCAACAGCACCGCCAUCCAGGAGCUGUUCAAACGUAUCUCUGAGCAGUUCACCGCCAUGUUCCGCCGCAAGGCUUUCCUCCACUGGUACACGGGCGAGGGCAUGGAUGAGAUGGAGUUCACCGAGGCUGAGAGCAACAUGAACGACCUGGUGUCUGAGUACCAGCAGUACCAGGACGCCACGGCCGAGGAGGAGGGCGAGUUUGAGGAGGAGGUGGAUGAGGACGCCUAAAAAAGUGUUGUAGGGAGCUGAAGAAAGAAGAGAAGAAACCAAAAGGCAAAAAAUUUCACAAAAAGAAAAAAAUCUGUUAUGGAAGGAAGGAAGGCUGAGACAUGGAAGAGAAACAGGGUGAAUAUAACACGACCAAACUAACGUGCCACGGUUUACAGUUUAUGUUGGCGCCAUGUAGACUCUCCUCCCCAAAUAUUUUUUCUUCACCAAAUCAGAAGCACUUCUCACACUUCACUCAAAUCACAUAGGAUGAACUUCUACUGUUUCUUGGAAAGUAAAAAUAUUAAAAUAUAACAAAUUUGUGCUUCACUGGUCAGCAGCCCAGCUGUGGAUUUUUUUUCCAGUUAAAGCAUUUAAACAAAGGUAAAGUCAAAGAAUGUCAAGUGUCAGAAACCCUGCACGUGUGACUUUUGUUUUGGGAAAACCAGGCCUGUAACCUGAAAAGGUUUCAUAAAUGUGAACUCUCACUCUUAUCAGUGUUAAUUUAUCAGUGUUAAUUUCUUUUGCCAUUUUCCAUCACUGUUCCCUCAGAUCUGCUCUGAGAUAAUGUGAAUGUGGGCACACUGACCGUACCUAUUCUUUUUCCUCAUUCAGUUGCACAAGGACAUUGAUCAGCAAACACAUGUACUGCUUGUGUCACACCCUCUGUGACGCUGUGGGUAAGAUGAGGAAAAACCUUGUGCUUACAGAGGUGUGAGAUUUUACUGGUCAACAUCUCUAUAAAGAUUUUUCCACGUUGAACGGACGAGGGCAGCACAUCCUCAGUCAAAUCAUUGUUAUCUCUCUACAGUUGUCACUGUUUCUCAGAAAAGUGCCUGCAGACAGUUCAACACAUCACACACCAGCAGGCUAAUCACAGAUUCUGUAAAGUCACCAGGCUCAACAAGAGCCUGUUUCACUGAGGUCCUGGACUUUACUGAGAUAAACCAACACAGUUUCAAUGCGACUGCAGUAGCGGGAGGAUCUUUCUCAGAUGCCAGCCAACGUUGUGAGGAAGGUCACACACUGCAGACGCCCAGGACCCAGUGCAUGUCAUAGAAAGCAUGUUAGCCUUCACCCGCUCUGUUUUCCAUUGAUUACUAUUGAGGAACUCAACAUCUUGUGCUGAAAAAGAAACAGUAUUUUCACUAGAAGCAUGUAUCUGCCAAAUGUUGCAUUUAAAAUAGACCUGUGACCUCCAUGUUUUUUUAACCUACAUAUUUAGUAAGUUCCAUAGGCCCAACAUUAUGGGACUUACUCCAAACAUAAUGACAUAAAUAUAUUUGGAUUCCAGUAAGAAAAUCCAAGCAGUUACUGUGUCACUGGACAAUGUUGCCUGCAUCUGAUUCUCAUUCAAAAAGACAAUACAUUUGCUUGUUAAACUUAAACUUUGAGAAGAAAAAGUGAGAAUUUCCAGCACUUUUCUGCAUCUAAACCUCAGUUCAACAGCUCAACGUGUUGUUAAAGCUUCUUGCAACACAUUUCAAGUGCUUUUAAUUAUGAAAGUGUAAAACAGCACUGAGUUUUUAUUUUAUAAAAUGUUUUGUCCUCUGAAGACAGUUAAACCCUCUGGUUUAUGUAGCCUGUACACUGAGCCACUACAGUGGGUAUUCACACAGGUCUUGUGUGUUCAGCAUGUUGGCUUUAAGUCUGUGUGUUGGUAUCUUUUCAUUCCCGUUGACUGUGAAACAUUUGGGAGAAAUAAAAAGGCUUUUGAAGGAAGAAAAUACACUUGUAUUAUCAGCUUUUGGUGAUUUUUUUAGGGUGUUUGUAAUGACUUUUCACUGUGAGCUUCCAGGAAGUCGACUCUUUUCUUAUGACAACAAAUGGAGCGAGAGCUGCAAUGUGAAGCCAAGUGUCCAGAAACAUCCGUCCUCUUUCCCAUCUCGUAAAACGUGGUCACAUUUCAGUGAUGAGUCAAAUGCUCCUUUGUUUUUUACUAAUGUUUUGUUUGUCAAACAAAACAUUGAAAACCUCAGUAUUAUUCCAUCAUAGUGGAAUUUUCUAUUUGUGUGCAGU